CCCCCCCCCACAAGUACCCUUCGAUCUUGUUUGCUGAAACUUCGAUGCUGGCAUUACCUUAGGGUUCUUCAUCCUUUUGGUUUCGACUAAUUCCCAAACUUCAGCAUCAAUGGGUCGAUCUCGAGGGAACUUCCACAAUUACGAAGACCCUACUCAGAGAACUAGGAAAAAGAAAAAUGCCGCUAAUGUGGAGAACUUUGAGUCGACAUCUAUGGUUCCAGGUACUGAGGGAGGAGGGAAGUAUAACUGCGAUUAUUGCCAGAAAGACAUUACUGGCAAAAUUAGGAUAAAAUGUGCUGUCUGUCCCGAUUUCGAUCUCUGUGUCGAAUGUAUGUCUGUUGGUGCAGAGAUCACUCCUCACAAAUGUGAUCACCCUUACCGAGUUAUGGGAAAUCUAACGUUUCCACUUAUCUGUCCGGACUGGAGUGCGGAUGAUGAAAUGCUUCUCCUAGAGGGACUUGAAAUUUACGGCUUGGGAAACUGGGCGGAGGUUGCUGAGCAUGUGGGAACGAAGAGUAAAGAACAGUGUCUCGAGCACUACAGAAACAUUUAUUUGAACUCGCCAUUUUUCCCACUUCCAGAUAUGUCACAUGUAGCAGGGAAGAACAGAAAAGAACUUCAAGCUAUGGCAAAAGGACGCAUUGAUGAAAAGAAAGCAGAGCAGAACAUGAAAGAAGAGUACCCAUUCUCUCCUCCUAAAGUCAAAGUUGAAGACACACAAAAAGAGUCUCAUACAGACAGGAGUUUUGGAGGAAAGAAACCUGUGGCCCCUGCGGUAAACAACACUUUGGUUGAAAUGAGUAAUUACAACCAGAAAAGAGAAGAGUUCGACCCUGAAUAUGACAAUGAUGCUGAGCAACUCUUGGCUGAGAUGGAGUUCAAAGAGACUGAUACUCCUGAAGAACAUGAGCUGAAGCUGCGUGUGUUGCGUAUCUACUCGAAGAGGCUUGAUGAGAGGAAACGUAGAAAAGAAUUCAUAAUAGAAAGAAACCUGUUGUACCCAAAUCCCUUUGAGAAGGACCUGUCUCAGGAGGAGAAAGUGCAGUGUCGACGUUUGGACGUUUUUAUGCGUUUUCAUUCAAAAGAGGAGCAUGAGGAGCUACUCCGUAGUGUUGUAAGCGAGUACCGCAUGGUGAAACGGCUAAAAGAUCUCAAAGAAGCUCAAGUGGCAGGGUGUCGUUCGACGGCUGAAGCAGAGAGAUAUCUGGGGAGGAAGAGAAAGAGAGAGAACGAAGAAGGGAUGAACAGAGGGAAAGAGAGCGGUCAAUUUGGUCAAAUUGUGGGGGAAAUGGGAUCUAGACCUCCUGUGCAAGCUUCAUCAAGCUAUGUGAAUGAUUUGGACCUGAUUGGAUUCACAGAGUCGCAACUUCUGUCUGAAUCCGAGAAGCGUCUAUGCAGUGAGGUGAAGUUGGUUCCACCGGUUUAUCUACAGAUGCAACAAGUGAUGUCGCACGAGAUAUUCAAAGGGAAUGUGACGAAGAAGUCGGAUGCAUAUAGCCUGUUCAAGAUUGAACCAACCAAAGUGGAUCGAGUUUAUGAUAUGCUUGUGAAGAAGGGCAUUGCUCAACUUUAAAGGCUUGUGUAGUGUUGUAUCAUAUAUAUAUGUGUGAGCUCUGUUGAGUUAUUUGUUGACAUCACCUUGUUUAUUACACCUUGUCAGAAUUAGUUUAUAAUAGAAAAAACAAUUAAGUUAUCCA